AUAUCUUCAGAGCUACGAGAAGUCUAUCUUCUUCCUGCGUUUUGAAAGGAAGAAUUGUGAAGGAAGAUUGAACAAAGACUCAUGUCUGUAAAGCAAACUUUGUUGGAGUUCAAUACUCCUCUUCUCACACCACACAACCAAGAAUUUGAAGGAAAAAUUCAAAAGGAAAUAACAGAAGUACUGCAUGAUACAUUCGGGAAAGAGGUCUCUAUUUGCCGUCCAAAAUCUAACAUUUUACUUUUCUUUUUCGAUAAGACUGAAACGCAGUGUACUGUUCGAGCAUUCCCUGAUGGCUUGGUCACCCUUGAUGUUGUGCAAUACAUUGGUGAUAGCAACAUCCACGAAGGAAAUGAAAACAACAGGUCAUACCCGAUCUGGACCAAGGAUGAUUUGGUUGAUUUGAGAAAACGCAUCAAAACGAGGUUAAAUUGCUCGCGAGCGAGGUACAUUCUUCCAAUCACGAGAGGUAGGGAGAUCCAAUGCUACCGGGAGACAACUGAUGACAGGAUCAUAGAGUAUGACUUUGACAGGCAUUUUUUUAAAGAACAAACCUUCAUCUUGAGUUUUCUCCUGUUUUGUGUUUUGGUAGUGAUUGCUGAGAGUGAUCUUGUCUACACUCAGGCGUUAACAGGCAAUGGUAGGGUGGACUACAAAGACAAAACUGUCCUCAUCCUUGGUGGAGGUGAUGGAGGUGUAUUGCAUGAGCUUCUAAAAGAAAGCCCAAAGUCUGUUGUCAUGGUAGAGAUCGACAAAUAUGUAAUUAAUGCUUCAAGGAAGCAUCUCAGAGGAAUUUGUGGUGACUCGCUCGACACUUUACAAGGAAAAAACUACGAGAUUAUAAUUGCUGACUGUGCAGAAGUUAUGCGUGAGUAUGUGAGAAAGAAUAGAUCAUUUGAUUUCAUAAUCAAUGACCUAACUGACGUUGUUAUCGGAUCAAAAAAGGAAGGUUCUUAUUUGGAAUUUCAGAAAGAAAUUCAAGACCUCUCCAUUAGGUUGCUCUCUCCCUAUGGAAAGUAUUUCGUGCAAGGUGCGAGCGGUUUUAAUCAAAAGGAGCGCUUUAAUUUGUACGAGGAACAACUCUCAAACCUGUGUUGUGAAGUGAACUUCAGGAAGGAGUUUGUUUUCGUUCCUUCCUUCUUAGAACUAUGGACGUUCUAUGAAAUAUGGAAGAAAGAGACACCUAGUGAAUUAUCGAGUGGACUUACUGAGACCCAAGAAAAAUAAAUUUCAUAUCAUAGAAAUUCGCCGUUAAAACACUUAGAGUAUAUGCAUUCAUUCCGUGCGUUGUAUUCCACUUCCAAAUCUUCGUGCACACACGCGUAUCCCAAGGAACGGGGCAGUUUUUGCGCAGCUGGUGCCUUGCAUAUACUGGGAAGUGACAUAGCUAGAUAAGAUUUUAUAAUGUUAUGUGUUGUGCUGAUUAGGAUUCCAUAUUUUACUGAAGAGUAAUGCGUGAAUGAGACCUAGUCCUCUACACAACUGCUUUAUUGGAAUACGAUGAACUGAAUUGAUACACAAUCAUAACUAAUUAGACACAGGUUAUCUAAUAGCUGAAGUAUUUAAAUUUACCCAAAUAGUACGAACACCACAUUAUGACGUUUUUCCUGAGGGCGAAUGCUAACAAUCCAAUUAUGGUGUUGGAUUAGAUUAUGUUAAAGUAGUUUCUUUCCUUUUUUGAUCCACUCAAAAAAUGUGAUGUUUUUAAAUACCUGGCAAUCUAAAUCUUAGGCCUUACAUUAUGAGAAAUGAUUAUGGAUAUUUAAAUCUAAAACAUAGAUAAGUUUAUAAUAUUUUUUAUCUAGAUUGUAGUUAAUGUUUUAGGAAACCACUUCUGCUUCAGGCGUGGGUGCUACCUUUCUUGAAAAUCAAUUCCCGAAACAUUCAUAAAUAGGGUUUUUCAAAAAAAUCUAUUGCUAGCAAUGAUUGCUCAGUAGCUUAUGGUAAACGUUUUAAGUACACAACAAAUAAAGGUUUCAUCAUUAAUGCUUCCUUUUAA